GGGCUCCCUGUGUAAGCAUGUCUGUCGAUACAGUCAGCGGUAUACCCUACGCGCUGCACAUGGUGCAAAACAAGUCAAGAAUGCCCGAAAUGGUUUCCUCGAAACACUGAAGUGUCUAAAACAUGAGCCGUAAACGAAACAAACAAAGCGUUUCCUCCCUGAAUGACAGCCCUGUAAAGCGCAGAAGGGUCGAAACUUCGAAAUUAGCAGUAACUCGGAAAAAAGUUCACCGAUCAAGCAAGCAGUCACGACCUACAGAAGAAACCGCGGAGCACGCGGGCAAUAUACCAAACACGAAAGAAACCGGGGGCCGGGAAAUAAAGCAGAAAAAUAUAAAUGGAGUAGAAAAUUCAAAAGUUAAAGACCCCAGACGUAAUGGAAGAUCUGUAAAAGCGAAGACAACAAAGGCGCAUUUUACCGACAAAGAGAAGACAGACCAUUUAAAAACAAAUAAAAAAUCAAGAAAAAAUGAGACACCUGAAAAAGGUUCUUCUGAAAACGUGAAAAGUCCAAUAAAAUGUGAGCUAUCUGAAAGUAUUCAGCAUUCUAAUACUAAGUCAAGAAAGCCUGGAAAAAGCUCAGAUCUAAGUGCAGUCCCAAAACAAGAACUACUAGGGACAUGUUUAUUAUUGGAAGAAAAAGAAGAUGUUGAAACGGGGGGUGUUGAUGAUGAAUCAGAAAAAUGCAAACCUCUUGAAAAGGCAGCUAUCAUGCCUUCUUCGAAUAAUGACGAUGAUGAUGAUGACGAUAGUGAUGAAGACAUUGAUUGGGAAGAUGUUAAAGAGGCAGAAGGGCACCAUGAUCAUCAUCACCUGCAGACUUCAAUAUCAUCACCACACAAAACGUCACCAACCAAGAAUGUUGAGAUUAGUAUUAAUGUAUCUGGGAAAAAAGGCAAGCGGAAAAAGACACAAGAAGACAUGCUAAAAUGUAUUAAAAGAGCUGUGAAUAGACUGCAAAAGGAAAUACAAAUGAAUAAACACAAGGUCCAUCUCUUGGCUUUGAUCUCAAGAGGAUUUUUUAGAAAUUCUGUGUGUAGCAGCCCUAUUCUUAAGGCUAUAUGCUUGUCGUCUGCCCCAUUCAAUAUCAUUCCAAAGUCAAAGAACAAGUGGGAUGUUGUUGAUGUUACAAAUAUUGUAAAAUGGUUUCAAGGUGAAGUUUACUCUUUGAAAGACCAAUGUACCAUUGCUGAACAGCAAGGACGGAUCACCAGAUGGCUAACACCAGCUAACCAGGCUGAGGUCUUUGUGAUUCUUAUGCGAGCUUUAGGCCUUCUUGUACGGCUAGUAUUCUCACUGCAGCCAGUACCUCUAAAAGCUGGGACCAAAGAUUCCUUGUCAUCUCCAAAGACUACUCCUGCUGCCAAAAAUGACAACUGUCGGAAAAGAAAUAUUGUGUCUCUCAGUGCUUCAAAACCGACUGAAACAAAAAGGUCUACAAAGCAGAGAAAAGUGGAUAAUAAAAAGAAAACGCCAGCAAAGAAAAGGUUGACUGGCAAACGUGAAGACAAGACACCAUCAGCUAGUGAUGAAACACUGGUCUCAAAGUUGAAAGAAACGACAUUACGUCGAAGGAAGAAGAAGGAAAAGGCUGGUGCCAGCCAAUCUAAGGGUGGUAAUAACAAUAAAAGCCUACGAAAGCGGAAAAAGGUUGACUAUGCCUAUGCCUUAGAUGGUGGUGAGGGCAGUGAAGGUAGUGAAGAAGAGUGGAAUGAGAGUGACCCUGGCACUCCGACAGAUGAAGAAGGGAGAUCCUCCUUAACAAGCUCACCCGACUCACUGGUGAAGACUCCUGUUGUAGAUAUUUUGGAUGACGAUAGUGACUUUGAGGUGACCAGUAAGCCCUUAGCCAAGCGGAGGUCGUCAAAAGGUCGUAAAGACAGCUUGAAGGUGAUCUCGGAUGACUCAGAUGACAGUGUUACGUGCGUGGCAGUGAAAAGAUCUAAACAUGCGCUUGGUACUGACGUCUGGGUUGAAGUUUUCUUGCCAUCAAAGAAGGAGUGGAUAUGUGUGGACUUUGUAACAUACAGUGUCAAUCGACCAGAAGAGUGCGAAAGAUAUGCGACCCAGCCGAUCGCAUACGUCUUGGCUUACGAUAACGAUGAUAAAGUCAAAGAUGUGACAUGUCGCUAUGCCCCUAACUGGUUGACAAAAACACAGAGGCAGCGUGUUGAUGCUGAUUGGUGGGAAGAGACGCUUGCUUCUUACCGGCCUAAGAACAAGAAAAUGGAAGAGCUUGAAAAUAGCCUUCUCCAAGAAAAACAGCAGGACAAACCCUUACCACAGAGUAUUGGAGAAUUCAAGAACCAUCCCCUGUAUGUUCUACGCCGGCAUCUUCUUAAAUUUGAAGCCAUCUACCCCGAGUCUGCUGCCACUCAGGGUUUUAUUCGAGGGGAAGCCGUGUAUUCCAGAGACUGCGUUCAUUUGUUACACACAAGAGAGAAAUGGAUGAAUGAAGCACUAGUUGUUAAGCAAGGAGAGACUCCUUACAAAAUCGUAAAGGGCAGAGCAAAGAGGAACAAACCAGUGCUUGAUGGAAAAGAGCCGACCAUCGAGUUGUUUGGGAGAUGGCAAACUGAAGACUACAAACCUCCACCUGCUGUUGAUGGAAAAGUCCCUCGUAAUGAGUACGGUAACGUGGAGUUGUUCAAGCCAACCAUGCUUCCCCCAGGAACUCGCCACAUCAAGAUUCCCGGUAUUGUGAAAAUGGCGCGCAAGCUAGGUAUUGAUGCCGCUCAAGCUGUAAUUGGAUUCGACUUCCACUGUGGUUUCUCCCACCCCAUCAUUGACGGUGUCGUGGUGUGCGAGGAACACGUGGAUACUUUGAUGGAUGCAUGGCGUCAGGAACAAGAGGAGCAAAAGCGUAAGAAGGAAGAGAAACGCGAGAAGCGAGUACUUGGCUACUGGAAGCUGCUUGUUCGAAGUCUGCUCAUCAGGGAACGCUUGAAGAGAAAGUAUGAAGUGCAGGAGUCUAGAGCAAGUUCAGAAUGCGGAGAACUACUUGAAGCAGAUGAGAAAGCUGUUGAUACCACAUCAGUGGCCUGGCCACUCAACAUGCAAGAGGGUAAAACAAGUGUAGAUACUGAUGGUCAUUGCCAUGUAUUUCCUAAACGACGAAACAAGAAAGACAAGGUGACAGGGGAAUGGACCAAAUCCUGUGCUUGUGGCCUAACCCUACCCCUAGAUAAAUAGGAUAGUCACCUUUUUAAAGAAAUACGGUGUACUGUAUUAUAGUGGAACUGUAACACACAACUGUAAAAAAAAAACUAUUGUACUUUUGAGUUGAUGUUUGGAAGUUUAUUCUUAACUCAUAAUGUAAAUCUCAUAUAACUCUAAUCAAAAAGAAAUAAAAGUU